GUUUGUAACACAAGUCACUUUUCCAGAUAGAUUCGCUCAAAUCCAGGGGACAGAUGGAUUGUUUUUAAAUAAAUAAAUAAUUCAAAGCAGAAAAGCGCCUCAUAAAUCGAAAAACAACAGAAAUACAUCUCCAGAAAAUCCAACGGCCUCGAUUCGUUUUCCGUCCAACUCAAAUCUCUUCCGACCGGUUCCCUACGGUUCCCCAUAAGAUCAGAAAAUCAACUUCUUCCCAUUCAUAGGGAAUAAUUCUUUCGUUUUAUUGGUUCAGGCUUGUUAUUUCCUUGGUGAUAAAUUUGAUUUCAUCAAUAAAUUUGAGCGUAGUUUUUGUGAAGAUUUCGUGGGUUUGUUGUUAUGGGUGCCUCAACUAAUAAAGAGAACAGGUUGCCACGGGAAGUAAAGGAUGCUCUACAAUUGUUGGCUUCUGAUUGGGAUGAUGUGGUGGACUCAAAAGCUUUGCAGGUGAUCCCUCUUAAAGGUGCGAUGACCAAUCAGGUCUUCCAAAUAAAAUGGCCAACCAGGACAGGUGAAGUGUCACGAAAGGUUUUAGUUAGGAUUUAUGGUGAGGGUGUGGAGGUGUUCUUUGACCGGGAUAAUGAGAUCCGUACUUUUGAGUUUAUGUCGAAACAUGGGCAAGGACCUCGCUUGCUUGGACGGUUCCCAAAUGGGCGAAUUGAAGAGUUCAUCCGUGCACGGACUCUAUCAGCAUCUGAUUUGUGUGAUCCAAAUGUAUCAGCUCUAAUAGCAGCUAAAUUGAGGGAGUUCCAUGAACUAGAUAUGCCUGGUCCAAAGAAAGUUUGGCUAUGGGAUAGAUUGCAAAACUGGCUAAAUGCGGCCAAGAGAGUCUGCCCUCUGGAAGAAGCUAAAGCCUUUCGCUUGGAAGUUAUUGAGGAGGAAAUCUCAAUGUUAGAAAAGAAACUCUCAGGGUGCCAUCAACACAUAGGUUUCUGCCACAAUGAUUUACAAUAUGGUAACAUUAUGAUCGACGAAGAGACUAAAUCAAUAACCAUUAUUGAUUACGAGUAUGCAAGUUACAAUCCUGUUGCCUAUGAUAUUGCAAACCACUUUUGUGAGAUGGCUGCUGACUACCAUACAGAAACGCCCCAUAUUAUGGAUUAUAGUAAAUAUCCAGGUUGGGGAGAGCGCUUAAGAUUUCUGCGUAUAUACCUGAACUCUUCAGGUGAGGAACCUCGAGACACUGAAGUGGACCAGCUGCUUAAAGAUGUUGAGCAGUUUACUCUAGCAAGUCAUCUCACUUGGGGCUUAUGGGGAAUAAUAUCAGAACAUGUGAAUGAAAUUGACUUUGACUACAAGGAGUAUGCCAAGCAGAGGUUUCAGCAGUAUUGGAUACAGAAGCCUGAGCUGUUGGGCUCUUCUUGAGCCCCCAUCAUAAAUGUUGGUAAUGGUGAGCAUAGAAAAACCGAAAGGACAAAGGAACAAGUUGGUCUGUUCAAGCAAAUAUUUAAGCUUGGUCAAGGAAGACAGGCUAGUUUCCGAUAUUUCUCUGUUUCAUUAGAUUGUGGAUGCUGAAUCCCAAAACCAAUAAUUUGUAAUUAGCUAAAUCCCAGUGGAGGGAUGAAAUGAUGGCAAAUAAAAUCAGUGAUAUAAUCCUUGAAUCAUUCAUUUGUUUUGAGCUAUGUGUAACAAUACGUCCUAAAGAUCCUGUCAUGGUGCCCAUUUUCAUUUAGUUGGCGAGGCAGUAGUUGAAGUUUUAGCUACUUAGGGUUUGAUAUUUGUUAUAAAUUGAAUUCGUUCUUUUGCUGUUAA